AAUGAGCAAGAACACCCCAAUUCUGAUGACAGUGACAAAGAAAGAGUGAAAGAAAGGAAGGAGGGAAGUACAGAAGAGAGAGGGAAGGUGAGAGAAAGAGAGAGAAGAAAGGAAGGGAGAGAGAGAGAGAGAAAUUGCCAGUGUCGAAAACGAAGUGUGUGAGAGAAAGAGAGAGCGAGAGGGAGACUGGUUGCAGACUGACUUUCAGACAACUGGGAGAGGAAGCAAAAAGAGGGCUUUACCGUCGCCAUUUCAAUCAUGACUCUGGAGGGGGAGUUUUGAAGUGCCGCUGUUGAGAAAGCCCAACCAGUUGCACUCUGAGGAGGCGGAGGCGUGCUUUUGAACCAAGGUGUUGCCCCACCCAACCCAGCUGAUACCAGCAGAUGGAGGUGGACGCGGUUGAGAAGCACCACCGGACGCGCUCCAAAGGGGUCCGAGUUCCGGUGGAGACGGCAGCACAGGAGUUAUUCAGCUGCCCUACUCCAGGAUGUGAUGGAAGUGGACAUGUCAGUGGCAAAUACGCCAGACACCGCAGUGUCUAUGGCUGCCCCCUGGCCAAGAAGAGGAAGACCCAGGAGAAACAGCCUCUGGAGCCUUCCCCCAAGAGGAGGCCCUACUUAACCCCUACCGAUCCAGAGGUGAACCCUGCUGCCAUCUUCCCCUCCUAUGAGCCUGAACCCAUGGUUGAGGGAGAGGAGAAGGAGCAGGGGGAGGUAGACGGGGAGAUUCAGGAGGAAGGAGAAGAGGAGGAAGGGGAGGAGGGGGAAGAGGUAGAAGAGAUAGAGGAGGAAGGAUUUUCUGAGGAUAACGGGGAGCUAGGUGAGGAAGAGGAGGAAGGAGAAGAGGCAGAUGAGGAGGAGGAGGAGGUGGAGAUGGAGGUAGUAGGGCCAGUGGAGGUGGAACAGGUGGAGGAAGGGAUAGAGGAAGAUGAGGAAGCAGAUGAUGGGGAUGAUGAAGAGCAAGAGGAAGGGGAGGAGGAAGAGGAACAGGAGGAUGAGGGUGACGAAGAUGAACAUGAGGAGGAAGAAGAGGAGGAGGAGGAAGAAGAGGUCCAGAGUCACCAUGAGCCAGAGAACCGGCACAAAAAUGGCGGACAAUCAAAGCAUCACCCUACGGGACAGAAGGAUAACAUCAACAACAGUGCCCCUGGCCCUAACGUCGGCCCUAAUGGUGAAGAGUAUGAAAACUAUGAUGAGCUGGUGGCCAAGUCCCUUCUCAACCUGGGGAAGAUCGCAGAGGACGCCGCCUACCAGGCCAUGACCGAGUCAGAGAUGAACAGCAACUCCUCCAACAGUGCCGGCGAGGACGAUGAUGAUGAUGAUGAUGAUGAUGAUGAUGAUGAAGAGGGCAACGAGCGCGGCGGGGGCAGGAAGGGCAAGCUGAGCGUGGAUCUGGACAGCGACGUGGUCAGGGAGACGGUGGAUUCGCUCAAGCUGUUGGCGCAGGGCCACGGCGCUGUGCUCCCCGACGAUGGCUACCCAGAAGGCACCGGUUUGGAGGAUGGCAGGCAUCCCAAUGGGCGACCCCACCACCAUGGCGUCAGGGGUCAGGCUGAGGAGAGCGAGGAGGAGGUGUGCCUCAGCAGUCUGGAGUGUCUGAGGAACCAGUGCUUCGACCUGGCCCGCAAGCUGAGCGAGACGUCGCCUUCCGACCGCCUUGGACACCCCGGCCUGCAACACCACCAGGCCCAUCAGAACCACCACCCUAACCAGUCCCACCAUCACCUGCAGCAUCAAACCGGCCACCACCACCACCAGGCUCAGCACCAGCCUCCGGCUCAGGCCCACCACCUGCCCAGGUACGAGAGCUGCCAGGAGGGCCAGCAGCCAGACGAGCGUGGGUCCCUGGAGCGCAGCUACUCGGACAUGGUCAACCUGAUGAAGCUGGAAGAACAGCUGAGCCCGGCCUCCAGGGGGGGCUACUCGGCCAGCUGCCACCAGGACGGGGACGAGGACACCACGUCGGUGGCCUCGGACCGCUCGGACGAGGCCUUCGACAUGACCAAAGGCAACCUGUCCCUGCUGGAGAAGGCCAUCGCCAUGGAGUCAGAGCGAGCCAAGGUCAUGAGGGAUCGCAUGGCCUCGGAGGGACAUCAUAUGGUGGCCCGAAGGGACAAUCAUCAUCACCACCACCACGGCGAGCACAGCCCCAGACAGAGCAGUGGGGCGGAGGAGCGCAAGUCCAGAAUGCACCACGAUGGGUCAAAGAGAGCAUACUACCCUAAAGAUUCUGCAAGGGGGGACAAGAAGGAGAGUAAGUGUCCGACCCCGGGCUGCGAUGGGACAGGCCACGUCACGGGUCUCUACCCCCACCACAGGAGCCUGUCAGGCUGCCCCCACAAGGACAGGGUGCCACCAGAGAUUCUUGCAAUGUAUGAAAAUGUUCUAAAGUGCCCUACUCCUGGCUGCUCGGGGCGUGGCCAUGUCAAUAGCAACAGGAACUCCCACCGCAGUCUCUCGGGGUGCCCCAUCGCUGCUGCAGAGAAGAUGGUUAAAGUCCAGGAGAAGCACAUCCCAUGUGACGGGGGCCCCAAGUCCAACCAGGCUUCAGACCGUGUGCUGAGCACGCCGCGCUCCAACCUGGCCAAGGAGCUGGAGAAGUACUCCAAGACCAGCUUCGACUACGGCCAAGGCUACGACAGCCAGCAACACAUCUACGGUGGGGGGAAGAGAGGACUGGUCCCCAAGCCCCAAGGACGGGACUUCUCGUCUAAGGGAUAUGACGCCAAGCGCUACUGUAAGAGCCCAGCCAGCAGCACGACGAGCAGCUACGCUCCCAGCAGCAGCAGUCUGAGCUGCGGAGGGGGAGGGGGCGGCAGCAGCGCCAGCAGCACCUGCAGCAAAAGCAGCUUCGACUACACACACGACAUGGAGGCUGCCCACAUGGCCGCCACGGCCAUCCUCAACCUGUCCACGCGCUGCAGGGAGAUGCCCCACGGCCUGGGAGGCAAGCCCCAGGAUCUCCUCUCCCAGAGUCCUGAUGGGGACGUGGAUGACAACAGUACCCUGGACCUGAGUGUGAGCCGUGGGCAGCCUGGGGGUCCUGAGGGGAGUGGCACGGUGCUGACGCCCCUGCAGCCCAUGUCCCCCCAGCGGCAGGCCCUGCUCAACAGCAGCCGCUGCUACCAGAUGAGUGAGGCCGACUGCUGGGACCUGCCCGUGGACUACACCAAGAUCAAGCGCAUCACUGACGACGAUCACAAAGAGUCUUCCUUUUUUUCAUCCCUCCACCAGGUCGAUGACCUGGACCCAUUCCAGGACCUUCUGGAUGAGCAGCACUAUGGAGGGGACGUGACCAUGCCCAGCCCCAAACACAAGUACUCCGCCUGCAAGGAGGGCAAGAAGGAACUCAUCACUCUCUCAAACUGCCAGUUAGCUGACAAAAGCAUCCGCAGUAUGAUGACAACUAAUGCCCAAGACCUCAAGUGUCCCACUCCGGCAUGUGACGGGUCUGGACACAUCACUGGGAACUACGCCUCGCACAGGAGACCUUUCCCCUCUAGUCUGUCAGGCUGUCCACGGGCGAAGAAGAGCGGGAUCAAGAUACUGCACAGCAAGGAGGACAAGGACGACCAGGAGCCAAUUAGGUGUCCAGUCCCAGGCUGUGAUGGACAGGGUCACGUGACGGGGAAAUACGCAUCUCACCGCAGUGCGUCGGGCUGCCCCCUGGCGGCCAAGCGGCAGAAGGAUGGCUACGUCAACGGCUCCCAGUUUGCUUGGAAGUCCGGGAAGACAGAUGGCAUGUCGUGCCCGACCCCGGGCUGCGAUGGAUCAGGACAUGUCAGCGGGAGCUUCCUGACCCAUCGGAGUCUUUCUGGUUGCCCCCGUGCCACCUCAGCCAUGAAGAAAGCCAGAAUGACUGGGGUAGAAAUGUUAACGAUCAAGCAACGGGCAAGCAAAGGAAUAGAAAAUGACGAGGACAUCAAACAGCUGGAUACAGAAAUCAAAGAUCUAAACGAAUCAAACAAUCAAGUGGAAUCAGACAUGAUUAAACUUAGGACACAAAUCACCACUAUGGAGACUAACCUGAAGUCCAUAGAGGAGGAGAACAAAGUUAUUGAGCAGCAGAAUGAUUCCCUACUGCACGAACUAGCCAACCUCAGCCAGUCUCUCAUCAACAGCUUAGCGAAUAUCCAGCUCCCACAUAUGAAACCGAUGCCACAGAAAGAGGCCCCAGUUAAACAUAGCUGCUGUUUACAGAUGCCCCACAGAGAGCCAAUGAAUGAACAAAACUUUGAUAGUUAUGUGAAUACUUUGACAGAUAUGUACACCCAUCAGGACCAAUACCAGAGUCCAGAGAACAAGGCCCUAUUGGAGAACAUCAAACAAGCGGUGCAAGGCAUCCAAGUGUAGUAGCCUAUCUACCUGUGAAAAAAGGCACUGUCAGAAGCUAAAUCAAAUGAUGUUAAAGUGACGAAAAAGGGUCAAAAGAGAGAAUGGAUCAGGAUUUGUUUUGCUGCUGUAAAUUACCAUCAUGUUUCUUUUAUUACAAUGUUAUGCUCUGAGCUCCAUGGUUAUGAUAUUUUUGCCUUGCUUUAAAAAUAGUUCCCGAUGGCAAAAGUUUAAAAGAACAUACACGUUUUGUACAUUUUCAUAUGACCUAAUAUAACGCGAUGUACUGUUUAUAGCUGCUAAUGUAUGCACAUUUUUGUGUAUAUGUAUUUAUUAAUUGUAAGCUUGUUUCAUUCAUUAUUUGAACGCUUAUUGAUAAAAAAGGACUAAACUGAGUCCCAUGGGUCGGGAGCCAGAUGAGGGCAAUGUGAGGAGCAAUCAUUUUUAGAUAAGCGUUUCUUUUUGUGAUUUAAUAGAAUACAACAACAAAAAAGACCUUUGGUGUGAAGAUUGUUUAAUGGAUGUAAAUGUAUCGAUUUUUGUAACAAUGUUUGAAAAAACUCUUUGUCUUCAGUGGUCUGUGUGGAGACUAAUAAUAAUGUCUAUGUUUAAAUAAAGUACGAGAAGAAACUAUGUAUAAAUAUGACAAAUUUCAAACAUCAUGAGACGGAAACUAAGUGGUGCAACUCCCAUCAUCUGGAAUGGACUGUACUUCAUUAAGUUAGAAAUAAAUUUUAAAAAGUCUUAGUAAUAUGUGCUGUUAAACUAUUUCCAUUUCAAACACAGAGCGGGAGGACCAAUGGCUAUGGGAAAUGUAGGAGACAAUCUAGCGUUACUCAUUUAUUUUAAUCGUAAAUCUUAUGGAAUAGCUAGUAGGUACAACUUAUCAGCAAUAUUGGUAUAACAAUGAUUAAAUCACUUGUUUAGAUAUGGGAUGCAAUCUAUAUAGAACAAAAGUUUGGGUAUAUGCAAUUUCUUAUAAAUAAAAUUAGCUGAGCUGAUAAAUCUUUUUACUAAAUGUAAAUGUAUUAAGUUUUGUAUAAAUCUUUUAAUACAAUCAUGUUUUCGGGAUUCAUCAUGCGGCGAUCAGUUCCAAAAUGAAAGAUGGAUGAGUUUGAGUUUCGUUCUCUCAUGUUCGAUUUUGCACAGGAACACCUUGGUUUUGAUGUUUUUAUUGACACUUAAAGGGGUACUUGAAGGGUCAAAUUGAUGGUUCAGAAGUUUUCUAGAAAAGUUAUCUUUAUAAAGGCUGAUUGAUGCGCUGGACUUACAGGGUCAAUGUCCCCCAUUUAUCAUAGUAUAUUAUUGCACUGUCUUUGCGAUCAUGCAUAGUAUGUGUCUGAGCCACACAACUUGACACGAGCUAAAGAUUGCUUUUUGAUUCUGUCCUAAAAAAUGAAUCUAUUGGUCAAAUAAAACUUUAUUGAUAUCUAUUAUAACAGCAAAGAAUAACGGAAGUGAUACUGCUAAUAGUGGUCCACGAUUUACUAGCGUUUCUAUGAUUGAUGACAAUUUCAUGAGGAAAUUGCUAUCCCUUUCUAUGAGACACCCUCAAUAAAUGUUUUCAUAGUACUUAAAAACACCAUUAUAAUGCAAUGUGAGUGUCAAUGUCAGCCCCCUAUAAUGCCACAACCUUUUAAUCAUCAGCCAACUGCAACAAAUCUACCCUUACAUAGUAUUUACUAAUGAAUCAUUACAUUUCCUUUACAAAUUGGCAUAACCAUGUGACAUGCACUUGCUGAAGAUGACUCUAAUAAUGGAUUAUAUGUGUGUUCUUAAUACAGUUUAUUGUGCAUGCACAUCAUGGGGAGUAUGUCCCAAUUAUAUCAAUAAAUAGAUAUCAUUAUUUUAAUUUAAACGACUGUAUAUGGCAACAGUAUCUAAGAUGCACUGUCCUUGGAAGUAGCCUAUAAUGAAGCCAAGGACUUCAUUUAGACAGGCGGUCCAAUUCUGAUAUUUUUUCCAAGUAAUUGGUCUUUUGGCCAAUCACAUAGAUCUUUUCACACCAGAUCUUUUCGGAACUGAUCUGAUUGGUCAAACGACAAAUUAGUGAAAGAAAUAUCAUAAUUGGGCUACCUGUCUAAAUGCAGCCGCGAGACUUAGAGCCGAGUGAGUCAAUUCAAUUCAAGUUCAAUUCAGACAUCCCUUCUUGGUAGUCAACAUGAGGGUGCUAUGGGCUUAGCUAGUCAUUGACCUGAUCUCACACUUCAAAGCAUCUAUUUGGACCUCCUACUAGACUUGAGGUCCACAUUCCAUAUGACUCCACAUGCCUGUGUCUAAAGCUUUGUGUCUGCAGCUUUUUGCCAAUAAAGUAAUGCUAUAGAUAGAUCGACAGCUUGUACUAUUUUCUUCAGUCAAUUAUUCUUACUGAUACAAAGGAAAUGGGAAUUUUAAGCACAAAUGUCCUACUCACCAACAGUCAGUACAUAUUGUAAUAACAAAUGUAAAAAGGUUAUCUGUGAUUAUUUACAUAGAGAACACUAACAUGUCACAUGCUAGAGUGCAGAAGAAUUUUCAUAUGAAUAUUUGUGAAUUCAUCUAUUGAUUAAACUGCUACAAUUACGAUUUAUUUUGAGUAAUGCUUUGAUGAAAGGAUUUUAUACAACAUUAAUUUCCUUCUAUCCUUUCCCCUGUCCUCUCUCUCCCUCUUGCAAACUUUCCAACUUAAUUUUGGUACCACAUGGCAUGAUUUUUGUCGAUCUUUAAUUUUGUAUGUUUAAGAUCACAAGUUGCUGUGAUAUUUCAUUUGGAAUUGUGAAGUUUGUACGAUUUUUAUCACGCUGGUGUUGACAUCUCUUACUCUGAAUAAAACGUGUGUUACAACACUAA